CUAACCAAACAAAUCAAUGGCCUAUUCAUAGAUCUAGUUACACCAAAUUACCCCUCAACUUUUCCAUAAUAGCAAAACUACCCCUCUGACCUUUCUUUCUUUCUUUCUUCCCCAACAUAACUUUACAUCCUAAAACCCUAGCAAACUAUUCCCCAAAAACACACACACUCACUAUGUCACUCUUAAUUCGAUCACGACCGUUGAUCAGAAUCAUAACAACUUACAAAUCAAUCUCAACCGUUCCUUUCCUCUCACAAGAACCACAACUUGCUGGAACACCACCAGAAACAACCACCAACACCCCACUACCCCCAAAUCCAUCUUCAGGUAGCCCACUUUACAAUGAAAAUUGGAGAUCCCCAUUUGCUACAGCUACACCAGUUGUACCUUCAUCUUCUUCCAUUGUACCUUUACCCUUUACACGUCAAAAUCCCAUUCAGACAUUUUCACAAACACUUGAUGUGCAUGGUUUAAUGAACCUUUUUGCUGAUUGGAUGACAACACAAAGAUGGGAAGAAAUGAAACAAUUGUUUGAGUUUUGGAUUAGGUCAUUGGAUAGAAAUGGGAAACCUAAUAAACCCGAUGUGAAUUUGUUUAAUCAUUAUUUAAGGGCUAAUUUAAUGAUGGGUGCUAGUGCUGAUGAUUUGUUGGGAUUAGCUAGUCAAAUGGAGGAUUAUGGACUUGUUGCUAAUACCGCGUCGCAUAAUUUGAUCUUGAAAGCUAUGUUUCAAUCUGGUGAACCAUUGUCAUGGGUUGAUAAAGCUGUUAAAUUGCUCGAACGGAUGAUUCAGACUGGAAAAGAGUAUAAAGAAGCUUUGCCUGAUGAGGAGUCAUAUGACUUGGUUAUUGGCUUGCUAUUUAAGGCCGACCUUAUUGAUGAUGCCUUGAAAUAUGUUGAUUCAGCCUUAAAAUCUGGGUAUAAGCUAUCCAUGAAUGUAUUCAACGAGUGUGUGCGAAGCUGUGUCUUCAACAACAGGCUGGAUAUAUUGGUGUCAAUAAUAGACAGAUGCAAGAAAACAGAUCAGAACAAAGGCCUGCUGCCGCCUUGGAACAUGUGCACACACCUUGCUGACGUUGCACUACAGGCAGAUAAUAGUGAACUAGCUUUUUCUUCCUUGGAGUUUUUUGUAAAAUGGGUCGUUAGAGGUGAGAGUGUGAGGCCUCCUGUUUUACUCACUGUUGAUGAAGGUCUGCUUGUGGCUGCACUUGGAACUGCUGGUAGAACUUACAAUGCUAAACUCCUUAAUGGUGCUUGGGAAGUCCUUAAGCGCUCACUAAGGCAAAUGAGGGCCCCUAACCCUGAAUCUUUCCUUGCGAAGAUAUAUGCCCACGCGUCACUGGGGCAAUUGCAGAAUGCUUUUGCUGCCCUGCAUGAGUUUGAGAAAGCUUAUGGUAGUUCUAACGAAGAGAGUGCAGAAGAACUAUUUUCUCCCUUUACCUCUUUGAAUCCACUAGCUGUUGCUUGCUGCAGGAAUGGUUUUGCCACUUUGGAUUCUGUUUACUAUCAGCUGGAGAAUUUGAGCCGAGCAGACCCCCCUUACAAGUCUGUUGCUGCACUCAAUUGUGUAAUUUUAGGCUGUGCUAACAUAUGGGAUAUUGAUCGUGCUUAUCAGACAUUUGCUGCAAUCGAAUCCGCUUUUGGAUUAACCCCAAAUAUCCAUUCAUACAAUGCGCUGAUAUAUGCAUUUGGGAAGCUUGGCAAGAGGGAUGAAGCCACAAAAGUCUAUGAGCACUUCAUGGAUAUAGGCGUGAAGCCAAAUGAAAUGACGUAUUCUCUACUUGUUGAUGCUCAUCUUAUUAAGCGAGAACCUAAAGCCGCAAUUUCAGUUGUUGACGAGAUGGUGCAGGCUCAGUAUAAACCUUCCAAGGAGAUGCUGAAAAAGAUCCGAAGGCGAUGUACUCGAGAAAUGGAUUAUGAAUCUGAUGAUCGAGUCGAGGAGUUAACCAAAAAGUUUAACAUCCGAAUGGGCACAGAGAAUCGUCGGAACAUGCUCUUUAAUCUUGAAUACAACACAGAAUAUGCUGGUUAGAUGAUGCUGAAAAAGGAUUAGAGAUCGCAUGCAUAGUCAAACACCGUUCAAAAUUUCUCGGCCUUUUGCUGAGAAACUUGAUGGAAUGAAAUAUUAGAAUAUCAGUGCUUCUAGCAUUUGAAUGUUGGACUCUUUUUCCUCUUCUUCUAGCUUGCCUCUGCUAGUGGGCUGAUGGUGGUGUUCACAAAGUUUAGUAGUGUGGCAUCUCAAUAUGCCUCGGGCGAGUCCUUUAACCGAUGGCUGUAAAUUACUUAGUUCUGGUUAGUAUUAAGCUGUGGAGGAUGUUGUCUGGUUAGAAUGUUCUUGUUUAACAUAUUUAUGUAUUCUUUUUUCACCCAUUAGGAAAGACUAAUGCAAUGA